AUGUCAAUUCCAAAAACUAUUUUAAAUAUUUUAGUUUUUGUUGUCAUAGUUUUAAAUCUUGUUGAUUGUAUGAGGAACAAAGGAAAAACGCCUGAGGAAGUACCAAGUUUACCGAACAAGCCUUCUUCGAAAAAAUUUCUGAAUUUAGGAGGUCCAGGGAAAGACAAACAACAGUCAGGGCUUAAAAUUGAAGUGCCUGAAAAAGUACAAGUACCUCUUUUGCAGAACAAACCUUCGAAAAAAUUUCUGAGAAAGACUCAGUCAAGUAUAGCAGAAGGCAAACAACAAAUGUUAAGCCCUAAAAGUCAUCCUCUUUAUCGAACAAAAUCGGAACCAGAAUCCCAUGGCUACACGUCCCUAAACUCUCCCGGCUCUCCUCUAAAUAAAUCUCCUUUAAAGAGACAAGCAAGCCAAAGUUCAACAAGAAUUGGAUAUUUAACUACUACAUGUGGUGAUUGUAUUGACGGUGUUGUAAAUUGUAUUGAAACUUGUAAAGGAACUGGAAAGCCGGAAGGUUAUACAAGUGACGAUCCGGAAGUAGUAGAUGCUAGGCUUCGUGAAAUAAAAGAAAACGAGAACGUUCAGAUCUUAUUUUAA